GAUUCCCCCCACGACCUUAUAAGGUCUUUUCCCAUGAUUCUCUCCUUCUCUUCGCUGUCUUCCCUUUAUCCCAGCAGCCGUCGCCAUGAAGGUCGAGCUGUGUAGUUUUAGCGGGUACAAGAUAUACCCCGGACACGGGAGGCGCUACGCCAGGACCGACGGAAAGGUUUUCCAAUUUCUUAAUGCAAAAUGCGAGUCGGCUUUCCUAUCCAAGAGGAAUCCUCGGCAGAUAAACUGGACUGUCCUCUACAGAAGAAAGCACAAAAAGGGCCAGUCGGAAGAAAUUCAAAAGAAGAGAACCCGGCGUGCAGUCAAAUUUCAGAGGGCCAUCACUGGUGCAUCCCUUGCUGAUAUCAUGGCCAAGAGGAAUCAGAAACCAGAAGUUAGAAAGGCUCAACGAGAGCAAGCUAUUAGGGCUGCCAAGGAAGCAAAAAAGGCUAAGCAGGCAUCUAAAAAGACGGCAAUGGCUGCUGCUAAGGCUCCCACAAAGGCAGCACCUAAGCAAAAGAUUGUGAAACCUGUGAAGGUUUCUGCUCCCCGAGUUGGUGGAAAACGCUAAAUUGGCAGAUGAGAUUUAAAAAUAAAGAUGUCUAUAACUUAGAUGGUGUUGAAUUUUUGCUCCUAAACAGGCAUGUUGGGUCCACAUGGUAAUAGGUGUACAGUAAAGUUGAAUUUAAGACAAUUUCAAGUUCAUUUCUUGGGGCUGGGGGUAUUGAUCAAAAUUGUAGACUAUUUGGUUAGCAUACAUGUGCUCUGGGUUUGAUUUCCUGUGCCAAAAUGAUGAAAGUUCAUUUCUCAGGAAUAAUGCCUUCUGAUGUAACCCUUUUAAUUGGAGAAAUGUUAAAAUAAGGCAAUAAAGAUGUAUGGUUGAA